AUGUGCAGGAACGCUUCCGUGCCGUUAGAUCAGCUAAACGGUAUCCUUGACCGGCUCGAGGCAUUAGAACGACGGGCAGAUGGCUCAACAGCGGAUCAGUCGGACUCGAGCCGCCAACACCCCGACAGUGCACAGUUCAUCCUCGGCGAGGACUUUGGCCUGGGCUCGGCGGAGACCCCGGACGUGGCUCCGUCACUGGCACCAACUCCGCUCAACUCAGCUGGGCUCAACACCACCAUGGCCAUCCCCUUAUCACACUCCACAACGACAGGUAGCCUCUUACGGUCGGCUCCAGCCCGAGCCCUCCUCGGUGAUUAUCCACAAGAUAUCUUCCUCCACGUUGAACUGGGCCGUAGUGUCCCGGCCUCCCUAUCUUUGACCCCAAAGCCACUCAACCAAGUUGAGAUACCGGCCGUCUCGCGCAACGAGGCUGACGAGCUAAUGCACAAAUUCUUCCAGCUCGUCCACCGAUUCUAUCCAAUCCUGGACGAGGACAAAUUCCGGAGCACCUAUGAUGAUGUAUUCACCCAGGGUCUUGCCCCUAAUCUUGCCACUGCCAUGAUGCUCAUUGUCUUGGCUCUUGGUAGUGUGUCCGACGCCGAUUACGACGGCUCCACCUCAUGGGAACCCGGCAGUCGUUUCUCGUCCCCUGCAGUCAACAUUCUACUUACGGUGGGACUCGAGUCCUUCGGCGGAAGCUUGCUUCUCCCGCAAUCGUUAUACUUCGCUGCUAUCUACUAUAGCUUCCUGGCCAGACCUUUGCCGGCCUGGCGUCUGGUGCAUAUGGCAUCAACCGAAGUGCAGCACUAUUGGAUACGAAAGUUGGGCUCACUAAACGACGCGCAAGCAGCCGCACAGGGUCAAUUGAUACUGCGGCUAUGUUGGGCCAUCUUCAUUCUCGAGUGUGAUAUCGUCGCCGAACACCAUUUCCCCAGAAGUGGGAUAGACAAUGUCGUCGAACAGCUCCCUUUUCCAGGCUUCGGCAACUCGCCCGAGCCCCCCAUGCUGCGCUGGCUGGCCAAUAUCUCGUCCCGACGUCUGCUAAACCGGAUACAUUACGUGCUCUACGAUACCUACCAAGGUGCCACAACCAGCAUGGAUUCAUCGUCUUGUGCCCCGACCUCUCAGUUUGGCAUCAGCCAGGAGCUCAAUCGUCAACUCCACGCCUGGUAUGAUUUGCUUCCUCCUGCCAUCAAACCAGAUCUGGACCACGAUGAGCAUGGUCUUGACGACUCCAUUCUGCUCAUGCGUUUUCAUGCCGCUGGGGAUAUUAUUCAUAGACCUUUCCUGCUACAAAUCUGUGCUUUGCCUUCCGGGGAGACGCCGCCGGAUGCCAGGAUGGUGGAAAACGCCAAGACGUGCUUAUAUCACUGCCGUGGCUAUCUAGGAGCCGUACAGGGUGUCCUGAGAAAACCAUCUGCAUCACUUGAGAUAUUUACGCACUCUACCAUGGCGGUUAUCCUGCUUCUCACAUUUGCCUCUUUUUCUCCCACUCUUGCUGCUGACCUGCAGGAUAUCAAGGAGGUGCAGGCACAAGGGGCAUCUAUUCUUCAAAAAUGGUCCUUCCCCGAGUCUAGCAUAGAGACUAUGCUCUCUAUCGUACGGACAGUACGAGUUAAAUGUCUCGGCCGCUGA